UCACGAAAGCUGCUCGGCACUUGAACAAGGUGCUGCAUAGGCGUAUCUUUAAUAAACACGCGCGUUAUAUUUACACCGUGGUAUUUUCUAUCUCUUAAUUUGAGGAUCAUUUACAAGGAAAAUGGGAGACAAAGGAUUUUCAGCUCAUUUUUCAAUCGUCUGUUUUUUUUCCAUCUUUGUAACAAUGCAUCUCGUGCUUGGAGAUCUGAGCUAUUCUUUUCUGGAGGAGAUGGAACGAGGAUCUGUUAUUGGAAAUGUCGCCAAGGAUCUUGGAGUUGAUCUUAGGACAUUAUCUUCUCGAAGGGCUCGUGUGGAUAUUGAAGGGACUCGUAAGCGCUACUGUGACAUUAAUAUAAACACCGGUGAUUUAUUCAUAUCGGAGAGAAUAGACAGGGAAGGCCUUUGUGGUAAGAAAGCAUCGUGUGUCGUGAAAAUAGACCUGGUGUUUGAAAAUCCUUUGGAGCUUCAUCGAGUCAGUCUUCUUGUGCAAGAUGUAAACGACAACUCGCCCAAAUUCAGAGAAAAUCUAAUGAAAAUGGAAAUACGUGAGUCAUCUGAAAAAGGUAGUCGCUUCUCUAUCGGAGUUGCGCACGACGCAGAUAUAGGUCAAAAUGAUAUCCAAAGAUAUAUCCUGCAAACUAACGAACAUUUUAUUCUUGCCGUUGAGAAUAAAGUGGUUGCUUUGGUACUUGAAAAUAAACUUGAUCGGGAAAAACAAAAGGAAAUUAAUUUACUUCUAACAGCUUUAGAUGGCGGAUCUCCGCAGAAAUCGGGUAGCGUAGUCAUCCAUGUUACAGUGCUGGAUGCUAAUGAUAACGCUCCAGUGUUUACGCAGGCUGUGUAUAAAGCAAGUGUGCCUGAAAACUCACCACCAGAAACAUUAGUGAUUACUGUCAGUGCUACUGAUGCAGAUGAAGGAGUGAAUGGAGAAGUAACAUAUCUAUUUGGGCAUAUAUCAGGGGAAGAUGCUAGUUUAUUUUCUAUUGAUGCAAAAACAGGAAAAAUUACGAUAGCUGGUGAGAUUGACUUUGAAGAAACUACUUCUUUUGAAAUGAGCGUUGGAGCCAAAGAUGGAUUAGGUUUAAUCGCAUAUACCAAAGUGUUAAUUAAUAUUGAGGAUAAAAAUGACAAUGUGCCGCAGAUUUUCUUGAAAUCACUCUCCAACCCUAUACCUGAAAACGUAGCCACUGAUACAGAAGUGGGUAUAAUUAAUGUGCAGGACAGAGACUCUGAGAAAAACGGACAGGUCCGCUGCUCAAUCCAGGAAAAUAUCCCGUUUAAAUUGGUUUCGUCAAUUAAAAACUACUAUUCUUUGAUAACAACAGGACAACUGGACCGUGAACAAGUGUCGUAUUACAACAUUACAAUCACAGCCACUGAUGAGGGCUCACCUCCUCUUUCCUCCUCUAAAACGCUUCAGUUAUCUGUAGCUGAUAUUAACGAUAACCCACCUGUGUUUGAGGAACAGUCCUAUAGUGCAUAUGUGAGUGAAAAUAACAAACCUGGCUCCACUUUAUGCUCCGUUUCUGCUCGAGACAAAGACUGGAGACAAAACGGUACAGUGAUUUAUUCUCUGUUACCUGGUGAGGUAAACGGUGCUUCUCUGUCAUCGUAUCUCUCUAUUAAUGGCGACACGGGAGCGAUCAAUGCUUUAAGGUCGUUUGAUUAUGAACAUCCUUUCCUCAAGGAAAAUUACGAACAACAACUGUGA